GCACAGCAAGAUUCAAGGAGGAAAAAGAAAGGAAAAAAUUCGUCGUUACUCUCUCGCUUAUUUCCCACGAAAGAAUAGCAGUAGCUUUAACCAAAAAAAAAAAAAAUGACCAAAGAAUUCACUGUGCCGCCGGUGGUCUUCCCCUCCGGCGGUGGAGUCAACCCUGCCGUCGGAAAUAUCAACCAGCGCCGAGUACCCACGGCUCCAUUUCAACCCUCACGCCCUCCAUCCUCCUCCUCCGCCAUACCCUUCAUGUCCUUUGAUAUCGGUUCUGCUGCGUCAUCGUCCGGAUCCUUCGGCGGUACAAUCUCCGCCUCAUCAGCAUCUGGAUCCGCCUCAUUCGACGACGAAGAACCCCUUCUCGAUGAACUCGGUAUCCACCCGGAUCAAAUAUGGCACAAAACGAAAUCCAUCCUCAACCCUUUUCGCAUCAACCCGACGGCCCAUAAAGAUUCGGACUUAUCCGGCCCAAUCUUCUUUUACUUAUCCCUUUGCUUAUUCCAACUCCUUGCCGGCAAGAUCCAAUUCGGCGUAAUCCUCGGCUGGAUCGUCGUCUCCUCGAUUUUCCUCUACAUCGUUUUUAACAUGUUAGCGGGGCGCAACGGCAACCUAGAUCUGCACACGUGUACGAGCGUGGUUGGUUAUUGUUUGCUACCGGUGGUGAUCUUAUCGGCAACAUCGCUCUUUAUUCCGCAGGGCAGCAUCGUCCCAAGGUACGCAAUGGCUGGGGUUUUUGUCGUUUGGGCCACUAGGGCUUGCACCAAUUUAAUGGUGGCGCUUGCUGAUGGAGGCGAAGAACAUCGUGGCCUUAUCGCGUUUAUAUUCCACACUUUUAAGCAUCAAAGGGUCUUUGAAUCAUGAGCAGUCAUAGUGAAAACUUCAUGGAGCACUUAAGUUUAAUGUCAGAGGUUUAACUUAGGUAAGUUGAUGCUGGUGCCUGGUUAACUUCUCUGCAUUGAAUUUUGAAAUAUUGUGCUUCUAGGGCUUUCUCUCAUAGCCCAAGUUUCUGUCCUCUUCUCUGGCCUUCAGCAACUUAUUCCCUACCCCUUUUUAUGGAGAUUUCUGUCUUUUCUCCUCCUUUAGCUCAGAUUUAUAUCCACCUCAGAUAACUGGAACCAAAACCUAAAUACCCAGUAUUGAUCUACUCCCUUCUACCCUGAGUUUUUAGCACCUAAUACCUAGCUUUUCGUACUUCCCACCCGACUGAUUUCUUCUUUGAGUUCCGGUGUGAAUGGGCGAGAAAGGUCAACGAAGAAGAAUGUAAAAUAACAUCUAGAUUAAGCCAGUGACAUCAUGGGGGUGAAGACAAAGGUCCAUGUUCAUUAUAAGUGAAUUUUUAGGAUGUCUUAAACUGAACAAAGAAAUAUUAUUUGUACAUCCUCGUUAAUUAAAACAUGAUUAGUCGUGAUAAUCGAGGCCGUAAACAAGUCAUAACCCACCUUGAUGGAAUAUAAGCGCGAAUGACAUAGAUGCUCUUGGGAGUCGUUGCAGUGUGGCUUGCUCAUUUCUGUUUUUGAUGAUGGAGGAACUAUCAACUCGGUUUUACUGCUAACCUAGCCUGCUUUUGACACACCAGCCUCUGGAAUUUUUUGUGUUUGAUUGUUUAGCAAGUUUACCAGUGCUAAUUACUAACAGUCUUCAAGAAACAGGGAUGCUGUCACUUAUUUGAAUUAAACAACAUAUAUAUAAAGAAGAAAGAUAUGCGCUUCAAGAAAGGUAUGAGCUUCACCAGUAUCAUUUCGUUAGUUGGCCAAUAAGACUAGAAGCGAUUAAUUUUAAUAUUUUAUGACUGAAUCGGGUCAAUGGAAAGAUACAAAAAAAUUCUGUAUCGUAAUUAUACUUGAUGGUUUCAAUUUCCUUAAUUUUCCUCUUAAGAUACAACCACCAUUGAAUUAUGCAUAGAAAUGCUGUUUUGGAACGGUGGUUGAGACAUUGCGACUGUUUAAGACCUUACUAAAUUCUGCUUCCUAAUUGUUUUUUUUUCCAAAAAACGUGCAAUAUCGUGUUGGGUUGGCGUAGUUAGGUCUACUUCUCAAUGACUUGACAAUGAAAAAGAUAACGUGGAG